GAUUCACGCGUGUUUCCGAGACCCGGACCUGGAGCGAGCCUGAGAGAACCAGAGACACCUGGACCCGGAACGACCCGAACCCAGAGAGACCCGGAGCGACCCGGAGCGCCCGGGAGAUGGAGGAGCGCGCCCGCCUGUGCUCCGUGUGGCUGGGCUCGGAGACCGGGAUCCUGAAGGGGGUCAGCGUGGCCCGGAAGCAGGCCUUCAACUUCUGCAACAGCAGCCACCUGAGCCGGGACCAGGAGGUGCGGGUCCUGGCCUGGGCCGACCCGGACGAGAGCGAGCUGCUGCUGGGCUCGGUGGACGGCUCCGUCAAGACCUUCAGCCUGGAGAAGGGGGUCUUCACGGACACGCGCCGCUGCGGGGACGCGCAGGACGGCUGCUUCACCGGGCUGGGCGCGCUCCCGGGGGGCGCGCUGCUGACCUGCGUGGAGCGCGGCGUCGUGCGCGUGUGGCGCGAGGACAAGUCCGAGCCCGUGACCGAGCUGAACGCGGGCGCGAACGUGUGCAGGAUGCGGCAGAGCCCCGUGAACGCGCAGCGCGUGGCCACCGGGGGUAAGGAGAACGGGCUGAAGCUGUGGGACCUGGAGCGGCCCGGGGGGCCCGUCUUCACCGCCAAGAACCUGCGGGACGACUGGCUGGACCUGCGGAGGCCCCACUGGGUCCGGGACAUGGCCUUCAUCCCCGACUCCGACAAGGUGGUCACCUGCACCGGACACCACCAGGUCCACGUGUUCGACCCGUCCACCCCUCAGCGCCGGCCCGUGCUGGAGGCGGAGUUCGGCGAGUAUCCGCUGACGGCGCUGGCCCUGCCGGCCGCCGGCGGCGCCGUGGUGGUGGGCAACACGCACGGGCAGGUGGCCGUGCUGGACCUGCGGAAGGGGCUGGUGCGCGGCGCCCUGAAGGGGCUGGCGGGCGGCGUGCGGGCGCUGCAGUGCCACGCCUCCGCCCCCCUGGUGGCGUCCUGCGGCCUGGACCGCUUCCUGCGCGUCCACAGCCUGGACGACCGGACGCUGCAGCACAAGGUCUACCUCAAGUCCCGCCUCAACUGCCUGCUGCUGUCCCGGCGCCCCCUGGAGGAGGCGGGGGCGGGGCCAGGGGCGGGGCCGGGCGAGGUGAAGGAGGAGCAGGACGAGGACGACGAGGUGUGGGCGGCCAUGGAGCAGGUGGAGGAGGAGGCGGGAAAGAGAAAAGCAGAAGAACCGGAGACACAGAAGAAGACGAAGAAGAAGAAGAAGAAGUGAGGAGCCUGUGGGGCGUUCAGGUGCCAGCAAAGUGUGGGACAUUUUGAAACUUAUUUCCUGAGAUGCACCUGAACGCCUCACACACACACACAUCUGCCGCAUCGAGAAAACAAACUGGGACUUGAACGCAACACAACCAUUCAUACAAACUGGUGUGUGUGUGUGUGUGUGUGUGUGUGUGUGUGUGUGUGUGUGUGUGUGUGUGUGUGUGUGACGUCGCUCUGGUCAUGGAGAAUAAAACAUUCUUCAGUGAGUUCAGUGGUUUUAUUGCACGGCUGUAACUGAAUGAAAUGUUACAACAGCAGAGAGAGACAGCAGCUGUGGAACUCUUCAAUCUGGUCCUAAAUGCAGACUUCAGUCUCGGUUCUACUUAGAACCUCUUUAGAGUUAGUUCAGUUUUUCUAUCGCGUUCAGUUCUAACGUGUUUCAAACUGUUAAUGAGGUGAAACACCUCUUCAUAUCCCAGAAGAGCUCUGAGCAGGUUCUAGAUAAUGUUCUACAAGACGUUUUCUCCUCCUCACGUCUGUAAACUGUUCUCACAUCUGGAGAACGUCUCAGUGGAACAAUGUAACAUUUAGUGGUAGAAAUUCUAUUUUACGAGCCGCCGAACACCUAAAAAUAAACUUUUUAUGGACUUGUAACAUUUUUGUCUAAAGUUAGCCUGAAGCUAAAUCUGAUUAAAUGUGACCUUUG